CAUUUAAAAUGUCAUACCAAACGGAUUCUUCCAUGAAGGCGGUGAUAUAUCGCGGGCCAUAUGACUUCCGUGUUGAGACAGUGCCACGGCCUCAGAUAGGCGGGCCUACUGACGUGAUUUUACAGGUAAAGCACUCAGGUAUAUGUGGAACUGAUCUCCAUACUUACAGAGGGAACCUCAAGUCUGUGCAACCCGGUCAAGUUUUGGGUCACGAGUUUACUGGUACCGUGGUGGCAGUGGGCGAUAGAGUCCUCGGGUUUGUUCCUGGUGAUACUGUUGUGAGCACCUUCACCAUUCAAUGUGGAGAGUGCUGGUACUGCAAAAACGGUAAGUCAGGUCAAUGUGACAUCACCAACACGUUUGGAAAAACUGGGUUACCAGGUGGCCAGGCCGAGUAUGUGCGUGUGCCGUUUGCAGAUAACACGUUGGUGAAGAUCCCGGAAAUGGAUGUUUCGUAUGUGAUGAUGGCUGAUAUUUUCACCACGGGCUACUAUGGGGUGAAGAAGAUUGUGGACCAAGUCCAGCAUGUGGCCAAGGGACAUGCCCCCAAACCUCUCGACCAAAUCGAAGUGUUGCAAUUGGGAUUAGGGCCUGUUGGAGAGUGUGCUCUUCAGGUGAUGAAGUAUUUGGGUUUCAAAAACGUCACUUGCGUAGACAAUGUUCCCGAUCGGUUGAAGAAAGCGGAGGAGCUUGGGUUUAAGCCAGUGAACUUUGACGAUGGCGCAGAUACACUUGGCGAGUACGACUAUGUAUUGGAAGUGGUUGGUUCGUCAUCUGCCUUGAAGACAGCAUUUGACCAUGUCAGGAGAGACGGGUUGAUUUCAUCGCUCGGAAUGGGGCACGAGCCAUUGCCCUUCACCGCCAUGGACUGCUAUUUGAAGAACAUCAACUUGUCGUUUGGCAGGUGUCAUGCGUGGUCGUUAUUUCCAGAAGCACUUGAAAUUUUUCAGACCUUGAAGGGCGAGUUCCGUGAUUUUGUGGACACGGUGAUUCCAGUGGAAAAGGCAGCGGAAGGGUACCGCAAGUUCGAUGCCCAUGAGGUGAAUAAGGUAGUGAUUGAGUUUUAGACGCCCAAAGCAAUAACCUGUAUUGAUUUAUAUAGUACAUACUAAAAUUUAAACAACUCACUUGACUUGGGCAGUAGGAGGAGGCUGUUCGGGCCGGCUGUAGUUAGUGCCCAGCUCACCCGCAGGGUACACCGGUGGAGGAUCAGCAUAUCCCGAGUCUCCAGUCUGUGGUUGGUACUGUUGCUGAUAACUUUGCUGCUGGUUACCGUAGUUCUGGGAGGUUCCACCAGCAUAGGCCUGUUGAGGAUAGGUAGGGUUCUGACCCUGACCCGGGGCACCAUAUUGGCCUUGGGCCUGUGGCGGGUAUGGAGGUUGCUGAGUGUUGUUUCCUGUUCCAAAGAAGUUCCAUCCCUGAUUGGGUUUAGCACCAGUAUAGUACUGGUUGUUGUCACUGAUAAAUUGGCGUCUUUUUCUUCUUCUCUUCAAGAGUACAUACAGCAAAACGCAGACGAGCGGAAUGACUAUAAGAAAUAUAAGCCAUAAACGUCUGUUAAUAGUGUUGUGAUUCCUGCUGUAAAAGUAAUACCGUUUUUCAAUUGGUAAGAACAUGGUAUUGUGAAAGCAACUGUUUGUUGUACUGAAUGUCAAGAGUGAUGAGAAAGUGUGGGCGCACGACUAUCCCUGGAUAUGUUUGUGGAAUGAGCUAGGGAGGUCGGAAAAACCUAGUAGAGCUGAGUAGAUACUAUAAACUGCCCGUAGUGUGGCCUGAGGGUGUAUUAGGUGGUUCAGAAGGUUCAGGUGCUGAAUAGCGCGUAGUUAGCAGUCGCGGCUAAGCCCGGACGAGUUGCGAUUGAGUGCAGCUUGGCAUGAUCACGUGGAAAUGGGAUCACUUGGUGGUGUAAUAGGAGAGCUGGGCAGGCGAUAGCCAUGCUGGGAAGCCAUCAACAGCCACGAUGGGUCUUCAACAGAUGGCUUUUGUGUGCAUGCAUUUGCAAUAAUUGGACUGUACAAUUAAUUGGUACAGAUGCAUUAAUUAAAUUUCAGCUGCAAUAAAACAACCUCAAUUUAAUUUC